AACUGUGCUAAAUUCUGCAACAAGUGUGGAAUGACAGGUACAAUGACUGGAACAGGUGGAACUAUGACUGGAACAGGUGGAACAAUGACUGGUACAGGUGGAACAAUGACUGGCACAGGAACAGGUGUACCUAUGACGGGUACUGGAGCAGGUGGAACUAUGACUGGUACAGGUGGAACUAUGACUGGUACAGACGUAUAUCCCGUUCCCGUGCUUCCAGGUGGAUCGAUGACAGGAACAGGAGGGUCGGGUGUGUAUACUGGAACAGGAGGGACUGGGGGUACAGAUGGAAGUGGAGCAGGCGGUUUUGGUGUUCCUGGUGGAUCAGGGUCGGGUGUAUAUACUGGAACAGGAGGGACAGGGGGUACAGAUGGAAGUGGAACAGGCGGUUUUGUUGUUCCUGGUGGAGCAGGGACGGGAGUGUAUACUGGACCAGGAGGGACAGGGGGUACAGGAGGAACAAUGACCGGAGGAACAGGAACCAUGACUGGGGGAACAGGAAUGUGUGCUGAUAAACUCAACAACUGCGCUAGCUACGGCAAAGCUGUCUGUACCGACGCUACUUAUGCUGGUUGGGUCAAGGAGAACUGCCCAGCUUACUGCGGACAGUGUGGCACUAUGACCAGCGGAGGAACAAUGACCGGCGGCGGCACAAUGACUGGAGGUGCCGGUGGUGUUUACUAUCCCUCCGGAGGCGGAAUGACCGGAACUGGAACUGGUGGUACAAUGACCGGAACUGGUGGUGGAAUGACUGGAACUGGUGGUGGAAUGACUGGAACAGGAUCCGGUGGAACUAUAACACAUACAUCUACAGGUUGUGUAUACAAGGGUCAGGUUUACCAACAAGGACAAAGCUGGAAGGAUGGGUGUACCUACAGAUGCACGUGUGCUGAUGCCACCACAGGAAAAUACACGUGCACAGGACUCUGUGUACAAUGGAAUCUUCCAUCAUCUUGUCGCUUGAAUCCUCCUGCUGCUGGAAAAUGUUGUCAGACACCUAACUGCCCACCUACCGUACAAAUCCAGUACCCUCCAAACUACGUUGAGGAGUAGACUUCUGUUAAAUUCGAACAACAGCACUAUAAAAACAUUUAAUUAUUA